AUGGAGAAGGUACUUGACGACAUCUCCCACCGGAGAUACAACCCCCUCCGAGGGUCUUCCAUUCUGGUUUCUCCCCACAGAACCAAGCGUCCCUGGCAAGGACACCAGGAGAGUCCCUCCAAGACUACUCUGCCCAAUUAUGACCCCGCAUGCUAUUUGUGCCCUGGAAACCAACGCGCCCAGGGUGACGUCAAUCCCAAAUAUGACAACACCUUCAUGUUUGUGAAUGAUUACAGCGCCGUCAAGGAGGAGCAAGCUGCCUACGAUGGCAAGACUGAUGAUGGUACUUCCCUUCCCCCUCUCACCCCCUGGCGGUAUGCACAGUGCUCACCGGCAGUAGAACUCGAAUCGCGAUUCCUCAAGGCUGAACCCGUUACCGGCAAAUGCUACGUCCUCACCUUCUCCCCAUCCCACAACCUCACCUUGGCCGACCUUCCACCCGCCGAGAUCGUCCCCGUAAUCAAUGCCUGGACCGAGAUCUAUACCGCCCACCUGUCGCCCACCUCCCCUCUGGCAAAGGAUGCCCCGGCCACGCACCUCCCACCCGUUUCGCACAACACACCCAUCACCAAACCAAAUGAGCAGUACCGCUACAUGCAAAUUUUCGAGAACAAGGGUGCCGCAAUGGGCUGCUCGAACCCCCACCCCCACGGCCAGGUCUGGACCACCAGCACCCUGCCCGAGGAGCCCGCUGCGGAGAUGGAGCAACUGCGUAAGUACCGCGCCGAACACGGCGGCGCCCACUUACUAGAAGACUACGCCGCGCUGGAGAGCCGCAAGCAAGAGCGUGUGGUAUUCGAGAACGAGGCCUUCGUCGCCGUCGUCCCUUGGUGGGCGACCUGGCCCUUCGAGACCAUGAUCGUCAGCCGCACGCACAAGCGCGCUCUCACCGAUCUGUCCGAUGCCGAUAAGACUCUCCUCGCCGAAGCCAUUGCCGAAAUCACCCGUCGCUACGAUAACCUCUUCGAAACUCACUUCCCCUACAGCAUGGGUAUUCACCAGGCUCCGCUGGACGGAACGGUCGAAGAGAUCGAGGCUUCGUACCUGCAUCUGCAUUUCUACCCGCCUCUGCUGCGCAGCGCGACGGUGCGCAAGUUCCUCGUUGGUUAUGAACUCAUGGCUGAGCCCCAGCGUGAUAUCACCCCGGAGCAGGCCGCUGCCCGCCUCCGCGGCUGCGGCGGAGAGCUGUACCGCAAGAAGAUCGAUUAA